CGGCAAAUAUUGAUUGUUUUGGAGAAAUAAUCUCGUGAGUUAAUUAUGGGUUUUAUGCCGGCGAAGAACCAUUUCUCGAUGCCAUUUUAUUAACGUCUCAUUAGGCUGGCGACGACAGUUUGACGCGUUCUGCUCCCUGAUCACCUUCAAAUAUUCGUUGUUGUGCGUGUUGAAUAACUUACCCUCUUUAACGAGCUCUUUGGCUCAUCUUUUGCGACUCAGUGGAAACAGUGUAGAAAAAAACUUCUGCUUUACACAGAUCUACAUCGUUGUAGAGUUUUGGUAUCAAGGAUUUGUUUUUACCGGUCGACUGCUAUUCUCGUGAAGCGUUUCAAGGUUGUGGGUUUUGUUGUUUUUCUUCGAUCUCAAAAUUAGUUAUCGUUGUCAGUUUGGCUUGGUUAUGUGAGCUGACGGGUUAGUCUUAAGGCCUCGAUUUUCGUCUGUAUCCUCAAGGAUCAGAUGAUAUUUUUUUAACAGAAUCUGUAGAGGCCUUACAUUGGUCAUGUGUGUCAUUCGUCGUCAUUUUGGAUGCUUGGCAAAGCAUUUGUUAUGGUAACGAUCUCUUAGUCGUAAGAUGUCUUUAUUCAACCAUGUUAGGACGCGUCAAAUCACUACUAAGUCUCUUAAAGAGCCGCUUGUGACUGAGAUCAAAACUAGACGGAUCCCGAACUUGUUAAAACAAAGGGAAAUUUCAUUAGGAAGAACAGAUAAAGUAUUUGCAUCACGAUGGUUGGACGACAAGAAAGUGGUCUGUGGCACAAAAUCAAACGAGCUUCUUGUGUUGGACAUGUUUUCGGAUUGGAUUCUCUCCAUACCAGUUUUAGAGGGUAGUCCUGGUGGUGAGGUUCCUGAAUUCAACUGUGGAAUACAUAGCAUUGAAAUAAGUCCUCCAAAAACAUUAUUAGCCACAAGUGGUCAAAAUCCAAAUCAUCUAGCAGUCUACAGACUGCCAACAUUUGAUCCAGUCUGUGUCGGAGAGGGACACACUGACUGGGUGUUUUCUGUGGAAUGGAUUGAUGAUUUUCAUUUAGCAACAGGAUCAAGAGAUGGUAGCAUUGCCUUGUGGUGUAUUCAAGAUCCCGCCAGUCAGUCAGGAGACAGAAGUCAGUUAAAACUGAUUAUCAAGCAUCCUGCAAGCAAACUCCAAAGCACUUUACCCCAUUUGUUUGGUAAAGACAAGAUCAGGGAUAUUGUUUAUGAUAGAAACUCCCAGACUCUUAUUUCCUUAUCUUCACGUGGCUAUGUACAUCUCUGGGACAUGAACAACUGCCAAGUGAGAAGUACUUACUCACUGAAGUAUCCGAUGGAAACAGUAUGUCUUGCACUGGAGAGAGACAACAAUUUGUUUGCAGUUGGUUCACAGUCACAUGUUUCAUUUUAUGAUCCAAGGUCUGGGACUGCUGUAGGAUACAUAGGAUCACGUGACCCAGGAGCAGGUGUGCGUUCAUUGAGUUUCCGAGAUCUAUUGCUGACUGUUGGUACCGGAUGCGGGUCUCUAUUUUUCUUCGAUAUGAGAGCUUAUAAAUUCCUCAGAAACGCAGAGAGCACAAUGAUUUGCUUUAAAUCAGGAAAAGGCUGGCUGCGGGAAGAGUUUCAGGAUCCAUUGGAUGAUUAUGUGUUGGAACAUGCACUUGUCUGUCGGAGCAAUGCUGUCUACACCCACUGUUAUGAUCCAACUGGUACUAAGCUCUUCGCGGCCGGAGGGCCACUUUCUCUCGUCUAUUAUGGUAACUACGCAGCUCUUUGGGAGUAGCAUCAGGUACGACAUUUCACCGAGUGAUUCCCCUCUUGCCUUGUCAACGGGGUAAUGUUACCGAUCACCUGUGAUGUACCUACACCCGGAAACGUUAUGGACCUCUGUAUCCAUAGUGACCUGAGUUAACAAACAACGCGGUGCUACUUGGAGACUAAAACACUUCAUGAACCCUCGAGCUUGCAAUGACUGGAAAGGACUGUUAGCUGAAACAUGCCAACCCUGACUUGACUCCUUAAAUUCCUUGAAUUUUAAAAGAAAAUAAUAAUUUACAAAUCAGGUAAAUUAUUAGGAAGAAGAUCAAGUCUACAGUAUAAUACUUCCUCAAGACAAUCGUGUGUUCGAAAUUUCUCGUGUUAUAUUCAAAAAUACUAAAGUGUAUAUA